AGUCAAAAAAUGAUAAAUUUUUGGUGUUUUGACAGACAAAACUACAACAAGAAAACAUUAUAAAAUGUGGGUGUGUGGCAUUAACUUGUGUUUUCAUUUUAAAAUUCAGUAAAAGAAGCAUUUCAAUGUAAAAAACUAAUGAUUUUGGUUUCAAUCGGCUCAAACUUUUCAUCAGCUCGUUCCUGUUGAUUACGCUGCUACAUAAAUUAGAAAGUUCUUUUUUCAAGUAAGUGUUAAAUAAGAGUUAAUAAAAUCUUGAAAUAGUCUGUAGCAAAUCACCAAAAAUUUAGCUGUGUGCAAGAUAUUUAAAGCAAGACUACUUACCCUUGGGAAAUUGGUGUGUAAUUUACAACUUUGAAAGUAAAAUGGCUUGGAGGUUUAAAGCAUCCAAAUAUAAAAAUGCUGCUCCCAUUGUACCAAAACCGGAAGCUUAUGUGCGAGAUAUUUGUGUUGGUUCAUAUCAGACAUAUGGAAAUAACAUUACCGCCUCAGCCCAGUUUAUGGCUUUCAAUUGGGACUAUGCAGGAUCUAGUCUAGCUGUAUUUCCAAUAAAUGAUUCUGGGCGCAAAAGUAAACUUAUGCCAUUAUUAAAUGCACACUCAGACACAGUAACAGAUAUGCAUUUCUCACCAUUCCAUGACAAUCUAUUGGCCACAGCAUCACAAGACUGUUUAGUUAAGAUUUGGAUCAUUCCAGAAGGAGGUCUAAAGGAAUCUCUUUGUAAUCCUGAAUGCCAAUUUUCGCACAAACAGAGAAGAGUUGAAACCAUAAGCUUUCAUCCUACUUCUGAUUAUUUAAUACAUUCCACAUCAUAUUCAACGUUUUCAUUGUGGGAUCUUAUAAGUCAGAAGGAAGUAUUUUCAACCUCUGAUCAUUCUGAUGUAAUACAAAGUGUAAGUUGGAAAAGGAAUGGAAAAUUGGUGGCAACUUCAUGUAAAGAUAAACAUGUAAGAAUUCUUGAUCCAAGAAGUGAAAAAAGUUGUGUUAGUAUUGCUAGCAGUCACCAAAAUAUAAAGGAUUCAAGGAUUGUUUGGCUAGGAGAUCAAGAUAAAGUUUUGACAACUGGUUUCAAUGCUGCACACCUGAGACAAGUCAUAUUAAGAGACACAAGAAAUUUUGAAAAUCCCCUAAAAACAUUAGAACUAGAUUGUUCCACAGGUAUUCUCAUGCCACUCUUUGAUUCUGACACAAAUAUGCUCUUUUUGGCAGGCAAAGGAGAUGCUACCAUAUCCUACAUGGAAGUUGCAGAUAAAGAGCCUUUUCUUCUAGAAGGAUUAAGGCACAGUGGAGAGCAAACAAAGGGCGCCUGCCUUGUACCAAAACGUGCACUAAAUAUAAUGCAAUGUGAAGUAAAUAGAAUACUCCAACUUACUGGAAAUGCUGUGAUACCUGUAACUUAUCAAGUUCCAAGAAAAUCAUACAGAGAUUUUCAUGGUGAUUUGUAUCCUGACACUCCUGGAUGCAAAACAGACCUAGUACCAGAUAUGUGGCUACAAGGAGAAGAUAUACCUGUUCCAAAAAUUAACUUGGACCCCAGUGUUCGACAAGAAGAAGAAACUAAUAUGGUCACCAAAGAAUCGUUCUCUUCAUUGAAAGAGUUAACAAACAAGAAAACUACAAGUGUAAAAUUGGAUAACAAAAUUGUGUCCAAAAAAGAAAAUUCAACUCAUCAGGGUGUUAAGCAUUUAGCUGAUAAAUUUAUUGCCCCUAAAACUAAUACAAACGGCAUACUUUCGGAACAAAACAUCAAAAAUGAAAUGAAAUCACCUGACAAGCUACCCACAAAGAAAGAGAUCCAACCAAAGACAGAUAAACCAAAGGAAAUAGGAAGCGAAGAAAAAAAUACAAUUACCAAAAGUCCCAAAUUAUUUAAACCCAAUGAAGAAGGCGAUUUUAAACCAAAGAUAAACAAGCCAAACGAAGAGAACGUCAAAGAGAAAAACGAGAAACAAGAGUCUAAUUCUACGACAAAUGGAAAAAUGGAUGAAGAAUUUUCUCCUCACGAAAACGGAGACGCCAAGGCGAUUUUUCCGAAACCAAAACCGAGAACCUCACGAACAUAUUCAACUUGCGAAGAAGUGGUGGCCGGUAAACCGGUAGCACGCCCACGAACCAAUAGCUUCACACCUGCCCCAAACACUGUUGGUUCUAAUAACACCCCCGGAUCAUACAAGCCAUUACUUGGUCCUAAACCAUUUACUCCAUUCAACAUGAGAGAAACUGAAACUUUUGACAAAGUUUUUUCUGUCCCAACUGCUCCAGGAAGAAAACAACAAAACGGUUUAUACCAAACACAAACUACUUUCAUUUCCCACGAAAAGUUUGAUAGUUCACAGCACGCCGGUGAAAGCAACGACAACGACAUUCACGAAAACAAUUCCGAUGUAUUACAAGAACCCUAUGAAGUAGACAAACAGAUUGAACAUGAUAGUGUACAAAAAAAGUCUUCUUCUAAACCAUCCCAAGUUGAAGAAGUAAAACAAUGUAGCAAAGACGCUAAUAAUGAAAAAAAUGAAGAUUUCAAACGGAACCGAGAAGGAGGAAAUUUACCAUUAAGUCAGUCGAUGUCUGCAGUAGUUGACGACGACUAUGAUGAAGAAGAUAGUUUUGAACGGUCUUCUUCAGAACGUAGAAGUAUCGCUGAACGAAGAAAAAUGUACGAAAAUCGAUCUCUUUCAGUACAAGAGACUUCAGAUAAACUACCUAAAUCUCCUCUUCACAAACAUACAGAAGCUUUUAAGAGUGGAAGACAAAGUGAUAUAAAAGAUACGGCACAACAGAAAAAAGGGGAAACUGUCACAACCACACCUCCAAAAAGAACAUCUACAGUUUUCGGACGAGUUUCAAAAUUUCGUCAUUUGAAAGGUACUGCCCUGCACAAAAGUCAACAUAUUGAAAAUGUUCGUAACCUAAGUAGACAAAUACCUGGCGAAUCAGAUGGUUUCCAUGCCAAUCCUACAAGAGUUGCUGUACCUUUAAGUGGUCCAGGGGGCAAGAUUGCAAUUUUUGAGCUUAAACGUACUGGUCGCCUCCCGGAUGGAGUCAUUCCUGCUCUUGUUCACGGCCAGAAUGUUACCGAUUUUUGUUGGGAUCCGUUCGACGAUCAACGACUUGCAGUUGCGUGUGGUGAUGGCACCGUUAAGCUAUGGAAAAUACCGGACGAUGGUUUAAAAGAACAAAUCAACGAACCUGAAAUUGAAUUUUGCGCACAUUCUGAUAGAAUAUACUUUGUCAAAUUUCAUCCACUUGCAAAAAACGUUCUCGCCACCGGAGCGUAUGACUUGACUAUCAAAAUAUGGCACUUGUCUGACCUCGACGCUAAAAUAGUACUGUUGGGACAUACCGAGCAAAUUUCAGCGUUUGCUUGGUCUCCGUGUGGAAAAUUCUGUGCUACUUUUAGUAAAGACGGACUACUGAGGAUAUUUGAACCAAGGCAAAAUAAUCAGCCAAUUAGGGAAGGGAAAGGACCGGUGGGCACUCGUGGCGGAAGAUUAACGUGGGCUUUAAAUGGUCGAUUCCUUGUUGUUAUGGGAUUCGACAAGGUAUCCGUCAGACAAAUAAUGGUUUUUCAAAGUGAUAAUUUGAGUGCUCCGUUAAAUACGAUGACAUUAGAUGUAUCGCCAUCUAUCUUAAUACCAUUCUAUGAUGAAGAUAGUUCAACACUGUUCGUAACCGGAAAGGGAGAUUCGACCGUUUAUGCAUUCGAAAUCACUGAGGAGGCCCCAUAUAUUUGUCCCUUGAGCCAUCACAGAUGUCCCUCUCUGCAUCAAGGACUUUCAUUUCUCCCUAAAAACUGCUGUGACGUCGCCAAAGUCGAAUUUGCCAAAGCAUUUCGUCUAACCAAUAACACUAUAGAACCUUUGUCGUUUACUGUGCCAAGAAUUAAAACUGAUUUGUUCCAAGAUGAUCUUUUCCCAUCAACAAAAGUAAGUUGGAAACCUGCACUAACGGGCGCUGAAUGGUUUAAUGGAAAAAAUACUCCUCCCCAAUACAUUAGUCUUAAACCAGAAGGAAUGGAACAAUUAUCCGAUUCAGUUGUCCAAGAAACUCAGGAUCAUAAACCUGCUGCAAAAAUGACAACGACUCAAAGUAGUUUCUCUAAUGCUCUCUGGAAUAUGGACAAAGCAGAAAUAAAAAGCAAACAAGCGAAGAUUCAACAGUCAAUUUGCGACCGAAUUGAAAUCAACAUGAAAUUAGAACAAGAUGAUAUGGAAGGUGUAGACGAAAAAGAAUGGGAGGAAGAGGAAUGAAACGUGACUUAGACGUUAUCGGUAAUUGUUAAAGUUUGUACUAAUGUGUUUUCAUGAUCAUUACAACAUGCUCCCAUGUUAGCAGCUUUCCCAAUUUUUAUUUAAUAUUAUCUAAAAAUGUUACAGUAAAUAUAGAAAAUAGGUAUUACAAAAUUAAUUUUUUGAUGCAUUUAAAAUACAUUCCUUUUUUAUCGUGGGUUACAAAAAUAUUGGGAGCAUAUCGCAUCAUCUUUCUAUCCUCCCUUUUUAAACUAAUAUAAAUAUGUGUGUUUUUUAUAUAUGAUAAUAAUAAGCUUAGGGUUUUCGUAUUUCCCCAGUUUUUAUAUGGUAGUAUAAAAUUAACCAAAAAUGCUCACUUUUGACAAGUCUGACUAAGUAUUCGACCAAGGAGUAAAACUAGUUACCGCUUCAUUCUUUUUUUUUUUUAAUAGUUUGAUACUAAUACAUAAAGCAUGAUAAAAGUUGUAAACAAUACCUCAAAAACCUCUAAGCGAACAAGGAUGUUUCAUAAAAUGUCCCCAUUUUAAAUUACUUGUUUCAAAACUACUUUGAAACAUCAAUUACCUUAUGUAAUAUCCAUUUAAUCCAUAUAAUUGAACGAUUCUCAACUUAAUUUGAAUUAACAUCGUGCUAGAAAAAAUAUUUUUUCUAGGUUGAAGCCAAUUCAAUUUAGUAUAUGUACAAUAAAUUUAUUAGAAAUGGAUGUAUGUAUUAUCAUAUAAUUUAAAAAUUGCGAAAUACUGCACUGUAUAUUCAUAUCAUAAAUACAAUCUAAUUAAAAUUUGAUCUUGGUAACUUCUACGUUUGUAUAAUUCGUCUUUAAUUUUAGUCGAUUAUUUAGUAUGAAGUGAAGCGCUUUUAAGGUUUAAUAAAUUAAUGAACGUCCAAAUAUUAUUUUUCUAUUAUGAAUAACUUAAAAUAUUUAAAUUUAAUAUAAAGCGAAAUAAAACUGCUACUGUGCUUCAUAAACUCAAGUAAGACAUUUUUAUGAGACACCUCUUGCAAACGUGAUACGUGCAUUUUCAAUACAAUUACCUAUAAAAGAUUACUUCCCUUUUUGUAAAGUGUGCUUUAGAUGUCUUUAUUUUAUAUUUAUUUAUAUACCUAAUAAUGGUGAACUGUAUUUGGAAAAAGUACUAAUAUUAUUGUAUCAUAUCUAUUCUAAUAUCUAUUUAUAGAAACCUCUGCAAUGAUCUCGUAAGGUGUUCCGAGGGAUAGUUAAAAAACAAACCCCUCGUUUCUAAUGCAGUUCACCUUGUACUCUAGUCAUAAUAUUGUCAUAUCUAUAACAGUAUUUAAUAUAUAAUUACACUAAUAA